GUAUCAAAGCCAAAAAAAAAAAGAGUCAUCUGGAGAUAUUUAAGUUGGACAGGCCAUGUUUCCGGUGUCUGGAACAGGCCAAAAAUAUCCAGAAACAGAAAAAUCCAUCAGAAGGAGAGCGGAUACACCUCCUCGUUUUCUCAUGUGACAUUGAGCUAAUAACUAAGCUGCAUUUUUGGGCUUACAGCGUAAGGUUAUGUCCCAACAAACUUGCUUAAUCCAGGCUCAUAAAAUGUAAUUAUGUCUUCAUGUUGCCUAAUGUCUGGAAAAGAGAUCAUUUCUCAUAAAUCCUGCAAAUUAAAGAUUAACGAUUGCCUGCAAUGUUUCAACUGCAUAUGGCUCAGAAAAAAGAAAUGUAUGAUUGGCCUACAGUCCUAAAUAGAUAGGCACAUCUGUAAUUUUGUAUGCAGACAUCUUGGCAGAAGGUGUGAAUGCGAAAUGUGCAUAAAGGGGGCCUCACACUGUUUUCAUAACAUGGAGGAUUAUUGUAAUAAAAGCAGACAAGCCUACACUUGCCGAGUCAUUCAGAUACCAGUAUUGACAGCAGGUAUAGGCUUUCUCCAGAGCAAAAAAAAAACAUUAGCAUCUAUUUAUAGAAGCCUUCCAAAAAAAAACUGGACGGAUUUUUGUUACGUUAACAACUUGUGGUUUCAACGGCUGCUGCUCCAGCUGCAGAAGGUGAACACAAGAGCCCAAUUUAGGUCAUAGAGAAAAAAAAAAAGAGAGAGACAGUCUUAACGGCUGCAGUACUGAAGGAGCCAGGAAUCAUUCAAAGGAAGCUUAAACCAACUGUAAAUGCAAGGGCGAUGUGUGUUUUUAAAAGAUGCAAGUAAGUUAUGUCCUGGAGAGAGAGAGAGAGAGAGAGAGAGAGAGAGAGAGAGAGAGACCAAAUCAGCUGGGGACGUUAAGAUCUAACUAAAACUCUUAUUCUUUUAGAUAAUUUAGGUGAACGUAUGUUAAAAUAGGCCUCUUAUACAGUGCAUGUUAUAGGCUUGGCACAAAACUACUGUCAAAGUCAUAUGAGGAUAGGAUGAUUCCUCCCCACAAAGCCUGCUUCAAAGAACUGCUGAUUCAAUUGUAUGUCGACUGCUCAUUCUUAUUUAUCAGCAGUGCAUCACUUGUGUAAAAGGCAGAUAAUUGGUGUGAUCUGUAGACACAGAUGUCUGUUUUGGUUUGUAAGCACACAGAAACAUACACAUAGCCUUUAUAAAUACAUGGAGGAAGAGAGAGAGAGAGAGAGAGAGAGAGAGCGGUCUGCAGAUUCUCCGUCUCAUGGCUGUGAGCUGCUGCUGCAGAAAAUUUCCCCAUAUCUCCUCCUCUCCCCGCCCCCACAUCUUGCCUCCAUUAUUCCCGUGUUUUCGAAGCAACUCCGGUGACAGCAAAGCAAAGAAACAUUAGCAGGGAAGUGGAGGCACCACGUCCACGACCAGUCGGACAUUUCAUUUCUCCCCUCGGUCGCUGACCGGUGGUACGGUCUUCCUAUCUGCUAUCCGUUUGUUGUGCACGGUGCCUGCCGGUAGCGAGAGGAGGAGGAGGAGGAGGAGGAGGGGUUGGUCGACCGGGACUAUAGCACCGUGAGAAGCUCUCUCUCUUUCUGCUUUCGGAAGGAAAAGGAGGGAAGCAAGCUUCUUUUUUUUUUUUUUUUGGAAAAUAACACUCAACGCUUCGUUUUUUAAUUAUCGCCUCCUGAAUGGCGGGGACAUGAAAUGUAACGGCUCUGUGACGUAGAGAGGAUAGAGGAAGCGUCUCUUGUAAUUAACGUUAACUAAUGGUCACUAACAUGGAUGCUGAUGUGCCUCCUCCCCUAGGCCGGCCGGGAAAAGGGGUGUAUUUUGACGAUUUUCUGGCAGUAACACGACUCGUUUCUUUUUGGGAUUAAUAAUUUUGCUUUUUUUUUUGUUUUUUUUGUUUGAGUCUGUUUUUUUUUUGUGUUGGAGCCUCGCUGUGAGCCUUUUUAUUUGCAAGAUGACAGAGGGAAGGCGAUGUCAGGUCCAUCUCCUGGAUGACAGGAAGCUGGAGCUCCUUGUACAGCCCAAGCUGAUGGCUAAGGACCUGCUGGACCUUGUGGCCUCUCACUUCAACCUCAAGGAGAAGGAGUACUUUGGCAUUGCAUACACAGACGAAACGGGCCAUUUUAGUUGGCUGCAGUUGGAUCGCAGGGUAUUAGAACACGAGUUCCCCAAGAAGUCUGGCCCCAUCAUGCUCUACUUUUGUGUCAGGUUCUACAUCGAGAGUAUAUCCUAUCUGAAGGAUAAUGCCACUAUUGAGCUAUUUUUUCUUAAUGCCAAGUCCAUCAUCUACAAGGAGCUCAUUGAAGUGGACAGCGAUGUCGUCUUUGAGUUGGCUUCCUAUAUUCUCCAAGAGGCUAAAGGUGAUUUCACCAGUAAUGAUGCAACCAGGUCUGACCUAAAAAAGCUGCCUGCUCUGCCCACCCAGGCCCUAAAGGAGCACCCAUCUCUGGCCUACUGUGAAGAGCGGGUCAUAGAGCAUUACAAGAAGCUCAAUGGGCAGUCCAGAGGACAAGCUAUUGUUAAUUAUAUGAGCAUUGUGGAGUCCCUGCCUACAUAUGGAGUACAUUACUAUGGUGUAAAGGACAAGCAGGGGAUACCGUGGUGGUUGGGUCUGAGCUAUAAAGGCAUCUUUCAGUAUGACCACCAGGACAAAAUUAAACCUCGAAAGGUGUUCCAAUGGAGGCAGUUGGAGAACCUCUACUUCAGAGAGAAGAAGUUUUCAGUGGAAGUUCAUGACCCCAGAAGGGCGUCGGUGACCAGAAGGACAUUUGGUCACAGUGGCAUCGCUGUGCAUACUUGGUACGCCUGUCCCGCACUCAUCAAGUCCAUUUGGGCCAUGGCCAUCAGCCAACACCAGUUCUACCUGGACCGCAAGCAAAGCAAGUCUAAGAUCCACGCUGCGCGGAGUUUGAGUGAGAUCGCUAUAGACCUUACAGAAACAGGAACUCUGAAGACCUCCAAACUGGCCAACAUGGGCAGCAAAGGCAAGAUCAUCAGCGGCAGCAGUGGCAGUCUGCUCUCCUCAGGUUCUCAGGAAUCUGACAGUUCCCAGACUGCUAAGAAGGACAUGCUGGCAGCCCUAAGGGCCAGGCAGGAAGCUCUGGAGGAAACGCUAAAAAAGAGACUAGAGGAACUCAAGAGCAUCUGCAUCCGAGAGGCGGAACUGACAGGAAAGCUUCCCAAGGAAUAUCCUUUGGAUCCGGGAGAGGAGGCACCCACAGUGAGAAGGAAGAUUGGUACUGCUUUUAAGCUGGAUGAGCAGAAAAUUAUUCCAAAGGGAGAGGAGGAAGAACUGGAGCGUUUGGAGCGGGAGUUUGCCAUCCAGUCCCAGAUCACAGAGGCCGCCAGGCGUCUUGCCAGCGAUCCUCACGUGAGCAGCAAGAAGCUGAAGAAGCAGAGGAAGACGUCUUAUCUGAACGCACUGAAGAAGCUCCAGGAAAUUGAGAACUCUAUCAACGAGCACCGGGUCCGCUCUGGCAAGAAGCCAACACAGAGGGCGUCUCUUAUCAUAGAAGAAGCCAAUAUCGGUUCUGAAGACAGUUCAUUGUCCGAUGCACUUGUCUUGGAUGAUGAUGAUUCUCAAGUUACAGGUACCCCUACCUUCUCGCCGGUAGCAUCGCCUCACAAGGGUCUCCCUCCUCGACCACCAUCUCACUGUCGGCCUCCUCCACCACAGUCCCUGGACGGCCUGCGACACCUGCACUACACGCGCUCUGAUUACGAUAAAUCACCCAUCAAACCCAAGAUGUGGAGUGAAUCAUCGCUGGAUGAGCCUUAUGAAAAAGUCAAGAAACGCUCUUCUCACUCCAGUCACAGGCGCUUCCCAAGCUCUGGCAGUGCAGAAGCAGGGGGGAGUAACUCACUGCAGAGCAGUCCCAUCAGAAGCCUCCCUCACUGGAAUUCUCAGUCCAGCAUGCCAUCGACCCCAGACCUGAAGACCAGGACCACACACUACGUACAUUCCACAAGGUCAGUGGACAUCAGUCCCACCCGUCUGCACAGCCUCGCUCAGCACUUUAGGAACCGCAGCUCAAGCCUUGAGUCUCAGGGCAAACUGUUGGUGCCCGACCCUGACGCACACCUGCACACUUUGGGCACACUGGGCAGCCCUGAAUUCUUCUUGGGCCCAGGACGUGGCUCAAAUGGAUCUGACCCACUGGAUGACUGCUCAUCCUGCACCAGCCAAAGCAGCUCAGAGCAUUACUACCCUGGUGGACCCCCAGGAAGCAACCCCAACUACUCCACUCUGGGAGAGGACUCACCCUCCAAAGCCAGGCAGAGACAGAGGCAAAGGCACAGGUCUGCAGGUCACCUGGGUUCCUCUAACUCUGGCUCCAUGCCAAACCUGGCGGCUAAGAACGGCUCUGUUGGAGGCUCAGGUGGAGGUGUGAUGGGAGGGGGACACCACGGGGUCUACCUUCACAGUCAGAGCCAGCCCUCCUCCCAGUACCGCAUUAAGGAGUACCCGCUAUACGUGGAGGGCAGCCCAAACCCAGUGGUGGUGCGCAGCCUGGAGAGCGAUCAGGAGGGCCAUUACAGCGUGAAGGCCCAGUUCAAGACCUCAAGCUCCUACACGGCCGGGGGACUGUACAAAGAGGCCUGGGGGGGAGAGGAGGGCGGCGAGGGGAGCGGCAGACUAACGCCGUCGCGCUCUCAGAUCGUACGGACUCCGUCACUGGGGCGGGAGGGUGGUGGAGGCGGAGUAGGGGGGAGGGUAGCAGUGUCUGAAGAGCUGCGGUGUUGGUACCAAAGGUCCUCAGGAAGCCUGAAGGAGAGGAGUCACUCGGGGUCUACUUCUUCCGAGACAGGGUCACAGCAAGGCACCUUGGGACAUGGUCGAGGGAGUAGAGUAGGAACGCUUGCCAAGGGCUCACCAGCUGCAUCCCCUCACAGCCAGAGGAGUAUGACACCCUCCAGCGAACACGCAGCCACGCCCACACCCCCCUGCAGCCCACAGCACAUCCUCAACUGGCAGAGCGGGUCUUUCAGUGACAGCUGUUUUCUCAGCAGCCCCCUGUGUUCAGAGCUGGCAGAUGUGCAGUGGUAUGGACAUGACAAGGCCAAACCCGGAACCCUGGUCUGAGACCUUUCCUACAGGGCCCAGAAAAGGGCCUUUUGCCCUCUCCUACUGCGUCUCCACUGUCCCUCACCACUACUCAUUGACAACUGACAACCUCAUCCUUAAAGCCCUACAAAAAAAAACCCUAUCCUGACUGGACUGGAGGACUGGACAUGAGCCUCCCUCCUCCCUUAACCCUUGCGCCCUCCAUCCAUCUCACCACCUCUUUAUUAAGCCCCUUUUCCACAGCUCAGCUGGACAGGGACACACACUCGCUGAGCUCUGAGGAGGGCUGACUUCACAAGACAGACUGAGAAGUACCACCUCAGCUGUCAGACUGAUCCUUGCAGCACCACAGAGCCCCCUUCUUCACUCACUCUCAGCACACACGCAAACAACAAGAAAGAGCGACGGGAAGAGAGAGAGCACAGAGAAAUAUAAAUCAUACAAAUCAACUGAACCCGACAUCGGCCGUGCUAUGAUCUGUAUCAUAUCUCAGUUUUGGUCCCCCCUUGAUCUCAUUGAUUGACGCCAGUGCACUGCCACCCAAUCAGAGGAUACCUGCUGGAUUUGAGCCACCAGUUAAAAAAAAAUAUAUAUUUCAAGGCCCAAAUGAACUGUGUUGGAUUCCAUUAUUAUCAUUAAUGUUGUUUGUUCUUCUUUGUUUAUUCAUCCCUGCAUAUUUAUAAGAAGAGAAGAUGACAAAAAACUAUUGAAAAAACAAAAGAAAUCACCCAACGUUAGAGAUGACAAAAUUCAACUCCUCUCAGUUCAACCCACAACCAAAGACACCUACUGGAUUAACCGGUCGGUCCAACAGGGUCCCUGGGCUGGUACUCUCUCCAAAAGGGAUGGCAUCAGGAUGGUUUCACGGGACUCCUUCUGGGAUAUUAAACGAGGACUACAGCAAUAACAAAGAACACAAGCUGGAUUGAAACUACAGAGUGUGUUGAAGCGACUCUUUGCCUUUGUUCUCAGACUUGUGAGGUCUGGAGUAACCAUGAGGAUCAUUUAGAGUUGUCAUUGGGGUUGACAUUAACCUAUGCUCAUUUCAGUGAAUUCAUCAUACAUGUUUAUUUAAUGUCACUGGACAAGUUUUCUCUGUCCCACAACAGUCUGGUUUUUCCACUUUGUAUUUGUACAGAGCCGGAGUAAGGGAGGGUUUCGGUCGAGGUGAAAAAGUCAUUUUAAGUGUUACUGUGGCCAGUCAAAUAUACCGUUUUAAUUUGGGAGUAUUUGUGAUAUAAGAAAUUGUGAUUCUAUUUUCAAUCCUGAGAGGAGAAGCUGACAUUUCCAGUAACAUCCAUUCCUUUUUGUUUGAUGAUUUUUACCUUCUCAUGGCUUUCUCCUCUGGUCUUUGCUCUUCACCAGUUCUCACCAUACUGAGUAUCAGUCAGCACCUCUCGUAGCACUGUGGUUUCCUCAUCUGUUCUCAUGACUGAACACCUACAAUUUAAACUUAAAAUGGUGGCUCGGACACACAGGACAGUGACCACACCUCACAUUAAUUAUGAGCAUGCUGGAGUGCAAGUUUUUCAGUGCCAAACAUGUUGGUGCUUUACAUGUGUACUGUUUUUCAUCACAGGAAACAGAGACUCCAUUUAGACUCACACUCCUUCAAAUCACAAUGAUUAGCCCCCCACAGUCUGCAGACGUUUCUAAAAGAAGAGAGAAGCCCCUGAAAAGACUGCUCUAGGAUUAUUCAAACGUUCUUUUAAGAGCACAACAUCAAAAGUGUCUAUGGGGGGCUGGGCCUAAAAUUAGAGUGUGCACAUUUCCCAACGUCGAUAUUUUGAUUCAUUUGUUGUGACAAAGUGUGUGAGGGAGAACUGCAAACAUUAGACAGAGGUGAAACAAUUUUUUUAAAACACUUAGAAAAAGAAGUACAGGUACUUUUCUCAGUCAUCACAGUCAAAAAAUCAAAUGUUAAGAUCAGGUUUGAAAAAGCACAUUGAUAUGUAUGAAGGAAGAACUCUGCAUGUGUUGGCUGUGCCUGAAUCAUUCACCCCUUAACCAGAGUUUGUGUUGAGAACUGUCGCUUCAUUGUUGCAAUAAACCUGAAUCAACACGGUUUUAAUUUAACUUUAAAGAGAACAGAUUGUACAUCUCAGAGUAAAGCAGAUUUUUUUUUUUAAUCUUAUAGCCCCAUUAUGUCUGGUGAAAUGGUGUUACAAUCAGUGUGGCAAUUGUGUUUCCCUAAUGCCUUCACAUCAGUCGUUACAAUCUGCCAUUAUCUGGUCUAUUUAAGUCAAAUGACAGUUCUUAACUUAAUCCCUGCAUGAGUUUCACACCAACACCCGGUCAGAAUCGAUCAAUCUUUUACCCGGGAUUGAAACCAGCACUCUCUGGUUAAUGUGUUGUAGGGAAAAAAAAUUACAAUACUGUUAUUCAAGCGUCCAAUCAGAGUGCAAGUUUGUCCCUGCUUCGCUCUGUCAAAGUGUCUCCUCAUGAAGACGUAAUCCCGUGCAUGCCCCUGCAGCUCCACUGACAAAUAAAGACCCCAAAGAUAUUCAGCGUCUUACUUUCAUGAGCACGUUUCUCUCCAUAGUGCCCCCCCCCCCCCCCCCCCCCCCCCUCCCAAAAGAAGUCCUGUUAUAACUUUGUGGUAAUCUCUGACCUCUGAGCCCAAUGUGAAGAAGUGUGACGCCCCCCCUCCCCUCUGUAGCUCCAAAACGUACCAGAUCUCCUGUGCUCCAUAGAAAUGUAUGAGGUUUUUUUGUAACACUCCUAAGAGAAAUAAAACUAACUCUUUUAUCAGUUUCUACCUGUAUGUACGGAGGGGCGCUGUAAGGUUUUUGUCGGGUUUUUAACAUUCACAAUUCAUUGUUUUAACAAUGUGUCAUUUUAUAUGAACAAGUAUUUGUUUUUAAUAUUAUUUUUGUUCUGACAUAACAAACCCCUUUCAGGUGCUACAAAAAAGACCAGUUACUGCUUUGUCGCGUAGGAUCUUUAGUCACCUCUUCAUUGAUUUUCAAUAGAUUCAAUACCAGAUGUGCGAGAUGACGCUUAUUUUAACAGACAGAAAUCAUAGUUGGAACACUUCCCCUACCAGACAAUAGAGCAUGUAACAUGAUUUUAUCAGUUUCUGUUCAACUGUAACAAUGCAUUAAAGGUGUUGUAGAAAAAUAAGUGGAAUUGAUUGACAAAAAAAAAAAAGAAACUGAAUUCCACAGUUAAUUUAUUCUUUUUUCUAUUAAAAAUUUGUAUAGUAACUUUACAUUUUUCAAAAAGUGUGUUGUUGGAAAUUGAUGCUGAAUUUUCAAGAUGAGAAGCCGUGAUGGUUCUUCAGAAUAAGAAAAAUAAAUUAUUGAUGAAUGUUCUCAA